AUGUCUUCAGUUUGGAAGGCACCUCAUGGGUCAGAUGCAAUGCCUGAAAUGGUGGUGAAAAUCAUUGGAAGUAAACAUUUUCGAUACCUUGUAGAGAAGCCAAAGAACAGGGAUCAUGAGAAUUUGAAAGCAGAACCUGCAAAAGUGCUCCAGAAAUUUGUGACUGAUAGUGCAGGCACCAUGAACAGAGACCCUCCAGUUCCUACUAACCCCACUGAUCCUCAAAUUAAACAUGUCUCAAAUGAUGUGAAAGAGAGCAAGCACCCAGAGAAUAACCAGAAACCAGAGAACAACCAGCAACUCCAAACAGAGGUGCACAGUAUUAACAGGAACAGAUUUCUGGAUGGUAAAAUCCAUGGCCAAGCAAGUGUCCACUGUAGCUCUGUACCAAGUGGAGACCAGUCUCUAUCCUACAUCCACGGCCUUCCCAGGAGAAAUUUUAGAGACUGGUCCUUGGAGCAGAUGGAGAGAAACAAUUCUGACCAACCUAAGGAUAUUGGCCAGAGGCCAAGUGGAACAACAAGAGAAGACACUUUCCUUCUUACCCUGGUCCAAAGAGAACUCAAGUCAUGUCCUUUGAGUUCUGUCUUAGUAGACAAGCUUCAGAAAGAGCUGAAGAUCCUAGAUCCUAUCUCUUCAGGAUUUCUCCUUCAAUCUCAGCUGAGCCACCUCUUCUUGAAGCAUGAAGUUCCUCUACAGUUACCAACAAUCAAGAUCUUGUGUCAGAGAUUUUCUCAGCAGGGAUCCCCUGAAAUGGUGAAUUAUGGAAAAGUACUCUGGUUUUUAAAAGUUGCAUCAUUAGAUGAGCCACAGCAAAGCGAAAGAGUUGUGGACAGCAAUCUGAGGAAAAUUCAGAGUUGUAACCAUCAGCACCAAAGUACGGCUCCCCAAGACUCUGACUCACAGUUAGACACAAAGCAGAGCCUGUUGGAAAUCUUGAAGAUGGCACUUAGGACCACCAAUGGCAAACUCAACAUAGAGAACCUCAAUCUGAGUUUUCGAAAAGAAGACCGCUCAUUCUCUGGGUGCCUGCCCCCACCCAAGAUCAGAGCUAUAUGUGGGAAGCAUGGAUUAUAUCUGACUUUGAGCCUCUUAGAAACAUUGCUUAGCCAUCAAGAGUUGGGUUACCAUGAUGAAAUAAAAUGGCAGAGAUUUAUUGAGUUGCUGAACAGAGCUUCCUCUGACUUGUCAUCUGAUACGCCGACAGGAAAGAAAUCAAAGGAGAUCACUGCCACUCCAGUGCCAGCUGAAGUUCCUGAGAUGUCUCAGAGCAGAACUGGACAUAUGGAAACACCAGAGGAGCUGCUGGAGCCAGAAAACCCUCCUGCUGAGACUUCAACACCCAAAGAACCUCUGAACGCGUCUCUGAAGAUCAGGCCAGUCUCCCAACCUUUCAUGACACCAGUGAUGAAGAAUGAGCCUGAAGAAAGUGAAGCAUGGAUCGACAGGUUCAGGAAGCUAGAAAAUGCCCUCUACCUGUGUGAUCUGAGCCAUACAGGAGUCCUGGAGAAGGAACGAGCCAAGCGCCUCAUUCACAACUACAAUCUCAUUUACAACCUCUCCCUGAGCCCUCGGAAAAUCGACCAGGCCUUGCGCAGAUUCCGUGCGGGAGAAAAUAUGCUCUUGGAGCCAGCACUUCGGUACUUAAAGGAGCUAUGAUAACA